CUCUCUCUCUGUUUAUCUUCCUCUUAUUAACCCUUGGAUCGCUUCCAAGAUUUUCCGGGCCUCUCUCGUUCCCCUCUCGCUCAGCUCCAGCCCCUGCCUUCCCCCCACCGCGACGCUUCCCUUCCGCCCCCUUCUCCCCUCUUGGGACUGAGCAGCGAACGAAGGAAGAAACCUCGAAGAGAAGAAGAGAAGAGAAAGGUAGCGGAGAUGGGAGGAGGCAACGGGCAGAAGUCGAAGAUGGCGCGCGAGAGGAACGUGGAGAAGAACAAGCCCCCCAAGGGGAGCCAGUUGGAAUCCAACAAGAAGGCCAUGACCAUCCAGUGCAAGGUAUGCAUGCAGACCUUUAUUUGUACCACAUCAGAAGUGAAGUGCAGAGAACAUGCUGAAGCAAAGCAUCCAAAAUCCGAUCUCUAUCAGUGCUUUCCCCACCUUAAGAAGUAACAGCGAGCUAUUAGGAAGAAUCUUAUCCAGUUAAAUUACAUUAGAUAUGGAUAUGUUUUAUAAUUUAACGGAUGUAAACUUUAUCCCCUGGACUAUUUAUGUGGAGUGCAUCUUUAUGUUGUAGUCCAUUCUGUUGUCCUACGAACUAUUGGAGAAAGCUGGCAUCCUUCCUGUUGAACUCA